GACCCGUGUGGAUGACGCCACGGUGGCGUCAUCUCCAGGUGCCGGCAGCCGCUGCCGCCGCGACCGCCGCGAUGAGUGCGGAUGAUGAGCUGAGCCUGCUGGUCGUGGUCAUUGACACCAACCCGAUCUGGUGGGGGAAGAAGGCGCUGGGAGAAGCUGAGUUCACCCUAUCAAAAUGCAUCGAUGCCGUGAUGGUACUGGGAAAUUCGCACUUACUUAUGAAUCGUAACAACAAGCUGGCUGUUAUAGCCAGUCACACACAAGAAAGCCGUUUCUUGUACCCUGGGAAGCGCUGGGCCGUUGCUGAUCUCUUUGGAGAUGGUGGGAGUUCCAUGGAAUCUAAUUGCUCUGGCAGCAGGGAUGGAAAAUACGAAUUGUUAACAGCUAUAAAUGAUGCAAUUGCAGAAGAGAUUAAAGAUCUCAUGACAAAAACUGAAAUGAAGGGCCAGCAAACGGAAACUCAGUUAGCAGGAUCACUUGCUAAAGCUCUUUGUUAUAUCAACAGGAUGAGCAAAGAGGUCAAAGCCAAUCAAGAAAUAAAAUCAAGGAUUUUGGUCAUAAAAGCUGCAGAAGACAGUGCAUUGCAAUAUAUGAAUUUCAUGAAUGUGAUCUUUGCAGCACAGAAACAGAGUGUUUUGAUUGAUGCCUGUGUCUUGGAGUCUGACUCGGGUCUUCUGCAACAGGCUUGUGACAUUACGGGUGGUAUAUAUUUGAAGGUGCUCCACAUGCCGUCCCUUCUGCAGUAUUUGUUGUGGGUAUUUCUCCCUGAUCAAGAGCAAAGAUCACAGCUUGUCCUCCCACCUCCCAUUCAUGUUGACUACAGAGCCGCAUGCUUCUGUCAUCGAAAUCUUAUUGAAAUUGGUUACGUGUGCUCAGUGUGCUUGUCAAUAUUCUGCAACUUCAGUCCUAUUUGUAGCACAUGCGAGACUGCUUUCAAAAUAUCAUUGCCGCCUGUUAUGAAAGCUAAGAAGAAGAAAUUAAAGUUAGCUGUGUAACAACAUUAUGUAAAUACAUCAUUGCCUCUUCCAGUAAUUCCAUGAGAUGGAAUAUACGUAAGAAAUUGAUGGCACUAUUUACUGGAUAUGAAAGAACUGUGUGCAGUGUUACUACUUGUUUCUUAAGGGAUAGAUAUUUAAAUCGUGUGUUUUCUACGCAGCCUUUUAAGUAACAAAUCACUGUAUUACCAUGUAACCUGUACUGUUUUAAAUAUUCUGAGGGGAACCAGAAGUUUACAGACAGACAGACAGACCCUGUGAAGUAGAAGUUAUUCUAGCCAAUGUGGGUUUCACACCUCCAAAGUAUUUUCAAAGACAAGAAAGCUCUGAUUCUUUUUUGUAUAAAGGUAAGAACAGCAAUUUCUGGUGUGUAGGAUCAGAAUCUUAACACUCUUUUAUUCAGGGAUUGAACUUCUUGCCAGCUUUUGCUAGCAAGUUUUGGGCUGGGACAGCAUCAAUUUCAAAAUAAAUGAGCAAGAUUUGCAAGAUGUCUUAGAACCCUUUUUUUAAGAUGCUAAUUCCCCUGUGUAUUCCUUUGACCGUACUGUCUUUGUGGUAUUUCUUUCUCAGUUGGAUCUCUGUUCAUUUGUGAACAAAAAGCCACCCCUUUGUUUAAAAUAGCUUCAAUAAAUGUAGUCUAGUUAAUGCUGGUUAGUCUUUCAGGUUGUAUUUUAAAACUGGAAAACAAAAAAUUAAUUGUAUGUAAUAUGACAGCAGGCACACUGUUUUUUACUCUGGUUUUACGUGUGGCGUUUGACAAGUAAGAAGGAAGAGUUUGGUGUGGUUUGUGUCAGAAAUGAGGGUGUGCUGUGUACUCAGGUACAUGUCUUUGGUUUAGACAAACAAACAACAAAUCUGCUUUCAAAAGGUAGCUGUAUCAUUUGCUGUCUUACCCUGUUGCAAGUAAGUGAUGUCUCCUCAAAGUAAAGUGGACAGCAAUUGCUUCCUACGUAGAAAAAUAUCUAUUUUUUUUUCCUCAAUGUGUAUACAGGAAUUCUAUGUCAUUUCUUGAUACUCUAUUUUCUUUGAAGGCUGUAUUUAUAAUUUCCUUUGUAUAAAAAUUUUGUAAUAAAACCUCUUCUUUUUCAAA